GUUCCCUUUCAGACCUGAAUAUACAUACAUCUUUGGUCUGGCAACCCGCACUGGCUUUCACCCAGGAAUUUAACUAUUUCCUCCAUGUGUUGAGAUCGACCUCCUUACAUCCGUCAAUCUGGCUCGACCAAAGCCCCUACUCAUCCUACUCACCUCCGCCGCCCUCUUCACCAUCAUCUGCCUCGUCAUCCUGGCUCCCUUUCGCGUUCCCGCCCGCCUCGGUACCAUCUUGAACCAAAUACGGCCUUUUGGGCCCGCUACUUCAUCGUCCAGUCCAUUCAGACCAGUAACGACCUCGGCCAUGACUUCAGCAAAGUUUCGCAAGCCUCCGCAGGCACCUCCAAGUUUCACGGCCACCCCAGAGUCGGUUAUGAAGGAUACAAAGGAGAUGCUGGCGCAGUCGAAGAAAGUCACAGAUGAUGUAGUUGGCCAGAUUGCUGAGCGAGAUGCCACUUUUCAAACCGUACUGCUUCCCAUGGUGCAUGACGAGAACUUGCAGACGCUGAAGGCACAUAUCCUGGGCUUCUACCAAUCAGUGUCUACGGAGCAGGCAUUGCGCGAUGCUUCAACCGAAGCAGAAAAGCUCAUGGAUGAGUACAGCAUCGAAGCGGCCAUGCGCGAGGACGUCUUCAAGCUGGUGGAUGCUGCGUUGAAGAAGGGCGACAAAUUGGACCCGGAGUCGCAGAGGCUACUUGAGAAAGAACACAAGGCUUUUGUCCGCAAUGGUCUAGAUAUCCCAGCUGGACCCAAGCGAGACCGUUUCAAGGAGAUCAAGAAGCGUCUAAGUCAGCUCGGUAUUGCGUUUUCGAAGAACCUCAACGAAGAGAAGGGCGGGCUGUGGCUCACUGCUGAUGAGCUAAACGGCGUGCCCGAAGAUGUCCUGUCUCUCCUGAAAAAGGAGGGAGAUAACUACUGGUUGACAUUCAAAUACCCUGAUCUAUUUCCUACCCUAAAGUACGCCACCGAUAGCGCCACGCGUCAGAAGGUCUUUGUCUCGAACGAGAACAAGUGCAAUCAGAAUGUACCACUGUUCCGGGAAGCCAUCAUUCUCAGAGACGAAGCCGCUCGAUUACUGGGAUACCCUAACCAUGCAGCCUUCAGAAUCGAAGACAAGAUGGCCAAGACUCCAAAGACCGUGGACGACUUCUUGGGUGACCUGCGGCAGAGGCUGAGCCAGGGCGGCCUGGAUGAAAUCGAGACACUCAAGAAGAUGAAGCAAGCUGACCUUGAGUCGCGGGGUGAAAAGUUUGAUGGCCGCUACUACCUCUGGGACCACCGAUUCUACGACAGAAUGAUGGAGGAGAAGGACUAUCAGCUCGACCAGCAAUUGAUCUCUGAGUACUUCCCUCUGCAGACGACGAUCAGAGGCAUGCUCGAAAUAUUCGAGCAACUCUUCGGUCUAGCUUUUGUGGAGGUGGUGGGCAAAGAUCGGGACAGUAUCUCUCCUUCUGGAAAAGGCGAAGAUAUUGUCUGGCACGAAGAAGUACAGGUGUUUAGUGUCUGGGAUGACGAAGACGAAGGAGGCGGAUUUGUUGGCUAUCUAUACCUCGAUCUCUUCCCUCGAACGGGCAAGUACGGACAUGCCGCAAACUUCAAUCUUCAGCCAGGCUUCAUCCAGGAAAAUGGUACGAGAAGAUAUCCGGCAACAGCACUUGUUUGCAACUUCUCCAAGCCGACGGCCAAGAAGCCCAGCCUACUCAAACAUGACGAAGUCACCACUCUCUUCCACGAACUCGGGCAUGGUAUUCACGAUCUCGUCUCUCGAACCACCUAUUCGCGCUUCCACGGCACGAACACUGUGAGAGACUUCGUUGAGGCACCCAGUCAGAUGCUGGAGAAUUGGUGCUGGACACCGUCACAGCUGAAAGCCCUGAGCAGACACUACUCGACUCUGUCGUCUGACUACUACGAUUCGUGGAAAGAAGCUGCCGGCUCGAAUGCGGAGAAGGCCGAGGAACGGAUACCCGAUGAUUUGAUCCAGAAAUUGAUCAAGACCAAGAACCUCAACGGCGCGCUAUUCAACCUGCGCCAACUGCACUUUGGCACUUUUGAUAUGACGAUCCACGAGCCCAAGGAUCAUGCCAGCCUCGAGGCUAUGGACAUUUCUGAGACAUACAAUGCCCUGCGAAAGGACAUCAGUAAGAUCGACGGACCAGAAGUGCUUGGUGAAGGGAACAAAUGGGGUAACGGUCAAGCCACCUUUGGGCAUUUGAUGGGAGGUUAUGAUGCUGGUUACUAUGGCUACCUCAGUUCUCAGGUAUACUCAACCGAUAUGUUCUAUUCCGUCUUCAAGAAGAACCCGAUGGACCCCAAGGAAGGUCGUCGUUACCGUCACACAGUUCUCGAAAAGGGCGGCAGCCAGGACGAGAUGACGACGCUAAUCGACUUUCUCGGUAGAGAGCCCAAGACUGACGCUUUCUACGAAGAACUUGGCCUGACGAAAGGUACGCAGUCCGGCGCCUCGACGACAUGAUUGCAGCGAGGCACUUUCCCGGUCAGAAAUCCGCGGAUGUAUUUGAACAGAAGACUCUGCCCAAGCAGCAUCGUAGAGCAUACCGGCAUCUGCAUAAAAAUAGAGAAUGAAUUGGCAUCCUCCUCAUUGUCGCCUGUACGGGGUACUGAUACAUGUAAAAUGAGACCCACAUUCACGC